AAACGAGCAAAACUAAAACAACUGAAACAGAAGUGGAAGAACACCGGGACCGGAAAGUGCGGAGCGCUUUGAAGGCACCGGGACGGCCGAGUGACGGACGGUUAAACGGCGGAACCGGAAACUAACCGUUAACGCGACUGAAUGACGACGUUUUUAAAUUUCGCGCUGUUCGCUGCGCCUUCAACGAGAUUAGCCGAUAGCAGCCGUUAGCUCGCCGCGUCGCUCCGGCAACGGCGUGACGUCACGCCGGGAGAGGAACGGAGACUCCUCUCUGGGCUCUCGGUGGGUCUGAAGACGUCUUUUGAAAUGGAUGUGACAGACAUCGGGAACAAAGAAGAGGGGAAAAUCUGGCACCGGAAACCAGCGCCGGGAAAAGGCGUGCUGGUGACGGUGGUCCGCACUGUGCAGCAUGCCAAGACGGUGCGCUUCCUCCACGUGGCCUUUGACACCACCGGAGACUCCUUCCUGGCUGGAGAUCACCAUGGCAACAUCUACGUAUUUGACAUCAGUCGAAACAGGUUCCGCCUGGUGCAGAAGACGGGCCAGGCCUGCACCGCUCUGGCUUUCAGCCUUCGCAGGACCACCGAGUUCCUCGUGGCUCUGGCUGACUUCACCAUCAAGUGCUUUGACAAAGACACAAAGCAGCUGGUCAGUUGGAUGCGGGGUCACGAGGGGGCAGUGUCGUCCAUCUCGGUCCAGAGCUCGGGUCGCUACGCCAUCACCACGUCGCUGGACACGGCUCAGCUGUGGGACCUGGACACCUUCCAGAGGAAGAGGAAGCUCAACAUCCGACAGUCUGUUGGCAUUCAGCGGGUGUUUUUCCUGCCUCUCAGUAACACCAUCCUCAGCUGUUUCUGCGACGACUCCAUCUUUGCUUGGGAGAGCGACACGCUGGUCUGCAAAUACCAGCUCCCAGUCCCCAACUGCGGACCCCACAUCUCCUACAAGGCCUUUGCUGUGACGCGCGAUGGGAAGAGCCUCGCCGCCGGGGGCCGCUCCAACCUGCUGCACCUGUGGUGUCUGGACAGCCAGCAGCUGAUCCGGGUGAUCCAGAUGCCCACGCAGGUCCGGACCGUCCGGCAGCUGGAGUUCCUGCCCGACAGUUUUGACGGAGGAGCCAGUCAGACUCUGGGCGUGUUGAGUCAGGACGGCGUCAUGCGCUUCGUCGACAUUCACACGUGCAAGCUGCUGUUCCACAUGGGUUCCCACGAGGACGCCAUCACCGCGGUGACGGUCAGCCCCAACGGCAGACACGUGGUGGCCAUCAUGGAUAACGGCAGCGUCAACAUCUACCGGGUCCUGAGUCUCACGCAGGAGUUAAACAAGCCGCCUCCCUCCAGGGUGGCAGUCGUCUCUGGCGGGGGAGCUGUUCACUCGUCUCACCUCAACGUCAAGGUCAGGUCAGAGGUCGUUCAGAGGCAAACCAAGAGCUCGGGUCGGCGUACGCAUGGGAAGAUACUCAGACCCCCUGCUGUGUCUGCAGAUGAGGAUAAAGAGAAUGAACUUCCUGCUGGUCUGAACAAGAAGAGGCUGGUGGCUAUGCUCAAGGAGUUUGGAGAGUAUCCUGCUAAAUACAGGAUGUUUGUGUGGCGCUCGUUGCUGCGUCUCCCAGAGAACCACGCCGCGUACAGCAGUCUGACCGAUAAGGGCCUGCACCCGGCCUACCUCGCCAUGCACGACAAAUACCCCAUCAAAAGCCACAAGUUACAGCGGGGACUGCAGAGGGUUCUGUCUGCCUUGGCUCACUGGGCAGCCAUCUUUGGAGAGGUGGAGUACCUUCCACUGGUCGCCUUCCCCUUCGUGAAGCUCUUCCAGAACAACCCGAUGCUCUGCUUUGAGGUGGUGGCCAGCGUUCUAGUGAAUUGGGGUCAACAUUGGUUCGAGUACUUCCCCAACCCUCCUCUGAACAUCCUGGGCAUGGCGGAGAACGUUCUGGCUCAUCAUGACAAGGAGCUGCUGCAGCACCUGGUGGACUGUGGCGUCACCUCGCAGCUCUAUGUGUGGCCCCUGCUGGAGACGCUGUUCUCUGAGGUUCUGACCCGUGACGAGUGGCUCAGGCUCUUUGACAACAUCUUCUCCAACCAUCCGGCUUUCCUGCUCAUGGCCUGCGUGGCCUACAUCACCUGCUGCCGCGAGCCUCUGCUGCGCUGCUCCCAGAAACAGGACUUUGAGUAUUUCUUUCACCACCGUAACAACCUGGAUUUGGGCGCCAUGAUAAAAGAAGCCUACCGACUCAUGGGCGGCACGCCGGCGGACAUCCACCCCAGGAACAUGCUCUCCGACCUAACGCCGCUGACCGAGGGCCAGUACCCCGUGUUCAACCACUACCCCGAGUUCAUCGUGGAGUACCAGAGCCGAGAGCGGGAGAAGAUCCGGCUGCAGGAGAAGGAGUAUCUCCGCGAGAGGCAGGAGAUGUCGACGCUGCGCACGGAUUUCGUGCGUCGCCAGGCUGAAGAGGAGGCCUAUUUCGCACAGCAGGAGCUGCUGCAGAACGCAGAGGAUCAGCGCAGGAACAUCCUGGCACAAGAAGAGGAGAAGCUAACGGAGCAGAGGGCGAAGCUGACCGCCAUGAAGAGAGAGCUGAAGGUGAAGGAGUUGCAGCUGCUGGAUGCAACGAAGAGACGGUUCCUCAAACACCAACAGGACCUGAGAGCCUCGCAGGUCCAACGGCUGGACCAGGAGAUCAGCCGGAAGAUGGAUCUCCGGGAGCGGGAAACGGCUGCAGCGGUCCAGGAUCUAGAAGUCCGGCAGAUGGAGCUGGAGGCUCAGAGGAGACUCCUUGAGCAGAACAUGUUUAAGGUGCAGGAGCGCACGGGACAGGAGGUGGAAGAGGAGACGGAGAUGAGGAUGAGGAGGGCAGAGAAGGAGGACGAGAGCUACACGGAGAUGCUACACGGCACCGAGGCGAACAUGCAGGCCCUGGAGGAGUCCCUGGCGGAGGCGUGCCAGCUGGACCUGGACUCCCGGUGGCAGAGAGAGGUAGCGCAGCGCCUGCAGCAGGUCGACGCCGAGCGGGACCGGAAGAGGGAGAAACUGAAGGAGCUUCACAGGCACACCGCGGCGGAGGAGGAGAGGCUGGCCGACACCAUGAGGGACGUGGUGGGAAGGAAGUGGGAUGACGUCAUGAGGUCCAGAGCCCAGUUACAGGAGCAGCGCCAGGCCGCCUCAGUGCCGGACGGCCAGAGACCGGUGUGCUCCACCACGGGACUCCUUCACGGACCCGCCGCCGCUCAUGUGAGAACCCGGUCGGCCCCCGCGAAGCAGCCCGGAACCGACAUGGUGUGCCUGAACAGCAGCUCUCCUUCAGAAAGCACCUCCACCAACUUUUCUCUGGACCGAGGCCGGGCCCAGCUGGACAGCAGCGAGCGACAGCUGCUGAAGGACAUCCGAGAGCGGAGGCAGGAGCUGUUGGUGAGAGCCAGAGAGGGCAGCUCGGCGUGGGCGCACGGCGCCCCCCCCUCUGGCGCCCUAUGACCCUGAACGCCUCUCCGACAUGUUCGUUUGAACGUCACUCUGUGAGCUCACGGGACAAUCUGACGUCCAAUGAGAACGUCCUACGUCCGUUACUGUACGGUGAGACAUCCGUGAGUUCUACACAUCUGGUAACUGGACUACAGACCAUCAUCUCUCUGCAUUUGUAAUCAUAGUACCUUCCAGUUCAUGUGUACAAUUUUAUAUUCAAAGUCUUUGCGCUGUUGCCUCAUUUUUGCAUUUUUUUUUAUUUCAAUGAAUUUUACAUGAUUUGUCUUAUUUAAAACCUGGUGUGGAUAAAAUGUUUUUAAAAGAAAUCCUGAUUCAACCGUCUGUCUCAUUCUGCGUUAUGCCACACGUCUUUUGGUAUCUAUUCAAAUGUAUUUUUAAAUGAAUAAGAACAGUAACGUACACGCCUGUAUGCAGAAAAGUGGAACCAGCUAUACCGUUUCCUGUGAAUGGGAUCCAUAGAGUAUU